AAUUCGAAUUGCGAGCUGCCCAGAUGUAAGACUUUUUAAACAAGAUAUUCAAGAACUCUGAAUAUUUAAAAAAAAAUCCAUUCUAUUGUUGUCAACUUUUUCACGCUGGGAAAACGCCUUUCUCCAACAACAACGCCUGGAAACCCAAACCUCACUGCUUUAUGCACUCAUUGGUUAAAACCCGCCACGAGUCGUCGACUGACCAAUCCGAGUACACGCAGCAGAGUUUGAAAUGUCAGCGCUUUCAUCAAGCCACAGAGUCACAUGGUUAAUACCAGCCAACCAAUGAGAGCCAGUUUUUGUUGUAAACAGACCGAACCGACCAAUAGCAGCUUUAGUAGGCCGUUCUUUUCCUGUUGACGUCAGCGGCUAUCUGAGCAGCUUGGUGUCAGGAGGAACUGCUGGGUGAAGUAGAGGAGGAAGGAGGAAACAACCUGGAGGGAGCAGAGGAGGCUGUAGGAGCAGAGCGGUAGGAAGAACAGAGGACGGAUACUCUGAAAAAGUCUGAGCCGCGACAUUGGGCGCUUUUUGGGGGGGAUGAUAUAAAGUAGCUGGUCCCGGAUCCGCUCAUCGAAGUUUUGGCUGAAGAAGUUCACUACGGCCCGGCUAACAAGGGACGCUACUGACGAGGCUGUGGUCCACUACUGACACAGACCUGCUCAACAAAGAAAGCAAACAUGGUGUCCUGGAUGAUCUCCAGAAGCGUGGUGUAAGUACUUUGACUAAUUAAAGAAACAAAAGUGUCAGUUUUUGAUAAAUACGGGAGGUUUAUCGGACAGCUUUUCGGGGAUGAGCUUUGUUAGCUUCGGCUAACCUGGUUCCGACGUUCGGCUAACUUACGACUGUUGUUGUCUCCCAUAUUUAAUUUAAUUUAUUUUUUUUCUCUUCAAUCCAGAUUUUAACCAUAUAAACACAUUCUUCCACGUCUCCGUAAACGCACUGAGCUGCUAACUUCAGUUUUGACUCUUGUUGUCGGGCCUUGUUGCUGUUGAUCCAAAGCUAAUGCUAACAUGUUGUUUAUGAAUCAUGCUCAUGCACAAUCCUGAUGAGUCAACCUUUCAAUAUGUGACUCUUUGUCAGGUAUCGGUGAGGUGGAUUUGUUUAGACAUGUCGACGCCGAAGUUUGCAUCUUACUUGCUGUCACCAUUUUGAUAAAUGUCUCUUGACCUCUCAGACCUGGCUUAAGUAGUUCCAAAAAGGUCACCGACUCUUUAGGACACAGUUUGAGAAGAGUGAAAACUCAUUAAAAGGUCAUUCAAUUGCUGUCCACACCUCAAGGACAAAGUAAAUCCAAGACAAUACAAUACCCUGACCAUUCAGAUCUAGAUUUCCUUAUCCAACAGAGUCUACAAUUUCUGAUUUGUGGAACCUGUAUUUUAUUUAUUUCUGCAAAUUACAUAAAGGUUUUACAAUUCUGCAACUAUUUGUAGUCCUCUUAAUCAUACUGGUUCACCUCUGUAAAGUCCAGGCAUUGUAUUUGUGGAUGACCUGGUACAACGCAGCCUAUAGUUAGAAAAAAGGCGGUAAAAUAGACUUUUCUUACAUUUCACAAACAGAAAUAAAGAUAGAUACUGAGAUACUUAAGCUUUGAUAUUUUGCUUGGCCAUCGAGACCUGCUUGCACGUGGUCUACACAGAAAAAAGUGGUGAAAUCAUCAUUUUUUGCAAAGCUAAAUCUGUCUAAAUCUAAAAUGUGUUUGUAGACUCAGAGCCUUGUUUCUAAAACCUUCCCCGAAACAGCAGAUUUGAAAGCCUAAAUAAGAUGCUAACUUAAGCAUCAGCUGGUCUUGUUAUAUGUGAAGGGGUGUCAGGUACAGCUGUCAUCUUGAAGAUAUUAUUAGCCAGCCAGUUCUGCUCAAUAUAACCUGGCAACCAUAACAAUGUAAGGACUUAAGAGGAAAAGUGUACUCAAAUUAAUCUAAGUGGAUUUGCAUGGAUUUGUCUGAUUACAAGGUAUCAAGUCUUUUAUUGUGAUGCGGCUGAAAUCUCUGUACAAAAUAUAAACAAAAGUCAGAUUUAGGCUGAAGACAUUCUGAAGUGUAUUUUUUUUUGCUUAGAAGAGGCCCCUUAACAGCAUUCCCAUUUUUAAAUAUUCUUGCUGGCUUUUAAUACUUUUAGUGCUCCUUCCUCUGUCUUUGUCCAGACAGGAGAAGUAGUUACAUAACAAGGUGCAGAUGGAGGAUAGGAAUGUAGUGAAAAGUACAGAAGGGAGUGGUGGAAAAAUAUCACACGCCUCUCCUUUCUUUCUGAUGUUGGAUAAUAAACACAUUCUUUUGUAAUAGACCUGUCAGGCGUCACUACAUGAUUCAUGGCUUUUCAUAACCCGAGUCUGAUUGAAGGAACUGAAGGCUGUUUUUGACUCCUUCAUCUCAUAUCAGCCCCUGAAUUGUGUGAAUGCUCUCUCUGAAACACGUUGCAGUACAAUAUCAUUGAACAGGAGAUUUAUCACAUCUACAUUAACCAAGUAUUUUGGCUCUACAUUAUCAAUCCAAAAUGUUCAGGCUGAAAACAUAAUCCUCUUGAGGUCUGAAGGUGCCUUACUGUAAGGAGCGGCAUGUCCGCGUCAUUAACAGAGUGAUGUGGGAUUAAUCCGGAUGAUGAGAUUGAUCUGAAUUACACUGAACGUGUCAGGCGUUAACCCUUAUUCUAACUCGGAAGUUUCAGACAGCACUGCCGCACGUGUCUGCUCAAUUCAUGAGAGUUUCAUUUUAAAUUAGUAUUUUUAUUUGACUUAUUAUCGCUACGACUUUUUUUUUUUAUUAAUAAGGAAUAGCAAUAGUCUGAAUUUAUCGUAAUAAAUAUGGGAAAGAGUUGCAAUGUGUGAAUGCUCUCUCAUUCAGUUUUUACGCUGUCAACUGUCUGAUUUAUUGAAGAUACACAUGCAACAACUAUGAAUAUGAUGAAAACUAUGAAUUUCAAUGGUAGGCAAGCUGAUCAAUAAGCAGCAGAAACAGUUUCUGUUUGGCAUGAACAAUAGAAAGUAGGGAGAUGGAUCAACAGGCAAUAACUUCGUUUUUGAAACAACUGGCAUCAGCUGAUGUCCGAGCUCAUGAGGUUCAUUACAUGAAAUAAACAAAUCGUGUCUGUGGAUACUGCAGACAGUCUUGUCAUUGGCUGCUUAAAGCAACCUUCUUUGAAAGGACAUGCUUUGGUUGGCUGUUGAAAGUCAAUACUGGCCGACCAAUAAUAGAAAGUAAGUUUAAUUGCAUGACUGCUUUCAAAUGGAAACAAUAUUUAAACUGGUUUUGCCAGUCUAAAUCUGGAUCUCUUUAUGUAAAGACAGCUGACUAAACAAAGACACAGUGAGAGUUUUAAAUGAGGAAAGCUGUAAGUCAGUUUGGCAAGGAAAAACUUUAAAUACUUUGUCCAUUACUCUUGGGGCUGCAAGUCGUAGAUGAAUCCAAACUGACGUGGGGGAUACAGGGGCACUGGCAGAUGCCUCCAUGUUCACACUAUGUCACCUCUUCAGGUGGGUUAUAGUGUUAGCCACACCACCUGUGACUUGUCGAGUCACUUGUCUCUCUUGCUAAAACCUGCAGUGAUCUCAGAUAUUUGAUUUGGAAGCCUGCCCUAUGUUUGUUUUGCACAGCUCCUACACUGCUCUCCAUUACAAUAGAGUACACCUGCUGUGCUCACUAAUGUAAUGUGGGUCUAUAAAAUCAAAAUAAGACAUGAUCAUAUUUCUAAAUGAAUGCAGAGAACAUAGAAAUAAUCUGGAUGCAGACACUGAACAAGUGAUUCAUCUGGAUUUCUUUCCAACAUUAAAUCUAAACAUGAAGUCGCAGCAUGAAGUUCUGAAUAAAGUUCAAGCUAGUAAUCAGCUGAUAGCUUAACUCCAAUGUCCAAGACUUGGUGACUUUUAUUUAAAAUCAUUACAUUUGCUGUCAGCUCUUUGCCUUUGUCAUCGCUCUGGCAUGCCUGCUCCUGUCUUGACAAACACAAAUGAACACACACAGCUUCCCCCACCCUAAACAUGAGGCAGAUAACACCACCAAACAUCGACGUUACUCCUGUUAAAGCUUUUUCUCCUGCACGUGUAGGCAUAUUAUAAAAACCUGAAGGUAGUUUUAUAAGAGCAAAUAGCAAUGACAGAGUCUGGCUUCCCUGUAAUUACUCACCCAUGUUUGUUUUCUUCCUGAAAGAGGGUGAGCCCAACGAUAAAUCAGGCAGAGACACGUCAUGACUGAUAAGACCUAAUAAUCAAGUGAUCGCGGGUGUUUUCCUCGGUGUUUCCAAAACUUCCUGUUAUUGCCCAAAUGACUGAAAACAGGACAGUUUUUAUCUCAAACAGGACCUGAAGGGUUUCCUAUUUAAGGUGCUACAAGCCAUUGAAGUGUCUGCCCUGAUUCACCCGGAUGGAUAGGCAGUGAGGCUUAAAAAAGGAAGAAGUGACACUUAUUGUUUGAAUUUAUUUCAUGUGAUUGUGGUCUUAAGAAAAAAGACAGCAAGAAAACCAGCAGAGCAGAAUCUCUCUUUCUACCUCCACAGAUCUUUCCAUCGACUCUCCUGAGCGCCUGUCGUGCUGCAGUAGAAAUAGCCAGACGCUGGUUUUCAAGUCAGCACUUCACAACCAGCUAAUUUUAGGCGUCAGCCUGCAAGGAAUGGGUCCAAGAUACUUGUCCAGCUCUGUCUCUGAGCUGGAGCCUCCCUUUUAGCACUGACAAAGAAGUAUGAGUUCUCUGCCUUGACGCUGAACAGCCACGGAGAAAUCGCUUCAGAGAAUAUGGAUGUCUGUGGUGAAAACAAUCACAGCAGACUGUAAAAACCCUUCAUCUAAAAAUGUGGGAGCAGCACAGAAAUGAACGUUAUCAUUUAUUCCUGCACAAUGUUUAAUGAGUAAUACAAUAUUAGCAUAAACUUAGAACAGCCAGAAAGCAUGCAAAAGCAGCCGGCUGUAGGGGGACAAAAACAGACCUUCAAUAUUCACUGAUUUACUCAUAGAGGUCACUGCUGUGUUCUUCUCUUCAUAACAAUAACACGUUAGUCUGCGAAUUCAUGCAGGAAGUAAUAAUAGCAGGUAACACAGUGUUCCAUCAUAAGUAAUAAAACCAAGCAACCCUAACUACUAAUUUUUUCAAUCUCAAUAAACUCACUCUGUAUUCUUCUUCUUCUCAUUUAUUGGCUCUCCGACAAGGGCAGACAGACAAAUGAUCUGUAUCAGUGUUUUUAUUUUACGGAGGGCAGAUAACAUCUCUUUGUUCAAAGGUGUGCCCUGCUGCUGCUAGUGUUGCUGUUGUUGCGUCUUUCCCUCUGGCUUUGUUGUCUUGUUCAUCGUUGUCUCACUUAUAGUCUCGCCAUCUGAUUGGCUGGAUGCCACAUGAUGGUGAGAUAUAACCGUACCGUCAGGUGUAACUGGUAACUGUCGACUCUUCGAUGAUGAUGAAUGUUUCACUUUGGUUAAAUAUUUUUUUAAACUGUCAAUGCUGACUGCUCCAAAUACCAUCUAAGAAAUACAAACAAAUACAACUAAGAAUUGGACUCAUAUUGGCCCCGGAAAAAUAACAUGGUUGACCCUAAUCUCCAAAAUUCACCAGAAUACUUGGAAGUAAGUGUGAAAUUUCUUAUUAAUUACAUAAAGGACCCUCUUCUCAUUACACGUUCCUUGCUUUGGCUACAUAUUGUGAAACACUCAUCUGAUUCUAUCACGUCUGGGCUACCUGUAGCCAUGGUAGCCCAUCGACUGCAUGUGGUGGUCCACUCUUAUUUUGAAAGGUCAGAGCUGACACUGACAAGAUGCCCCUUUGCCCUACAUCAUCAGUCCUCAUUAUCGUCGACACACUGCAGUGCAUUGUUUAAAUCAGUUAAUAUUAAAGCUGUCUUAUCUGCUGAUAUGAAACAACACAGCAAGGAAGGUUUGCUAGAAUCACACACUAGAGGAAAACCUGUGAUUGUAGCCACUCUUAUUUUUGGACCAGGGCAGAUGGUAGGGUUGAUAAUUUGGGCCAAAAAUAAAAUCCUGAUUGUUUUUCUGAAAACUCAAUUUUCGAUUUUGCUUUUUUAUUCAGUGACAACUUCACCAAACUUCACUUUAAAAAUAAAAAGUUUUAAUUUUUUAAGCUUACCGUUCCUCUGUUGUUUAAGGUUAAGGAAAAGUUCACUCUGCAUGUUAUUCAGAUUGUUUAUUCAAAAUCAAACUUUGUUUAAUGAUUUGAGGGCGUAUAUAUGUACUUUUUUAACAUGUUAAACAUAUUUUAUGUUAUCUGUUAAACAUAUUUUAACAAUACCGUGAUAAUAUUGAUAACAGUGAUAAUUUUGGUCACAAUAAUUGCGAUGUUAAAUUUUCAUAUCAUUACAUCCCUAAACUGUAGCAGUAAGAUGUUUUACGACUAAAGUGCAAGUGUCAUGUUAACUGAGUGAGUAGUUUGCUUUGUAGUUUUUUAACUACAUGGUAAACUUCUCUGUGAAGUUUACCAUGAAGAACAAGCCUUUCAGGAUCAGUAGGAUGGACGGUACUUUCACUGCCUGAGGCUUGUGGAAGCCUUCAUUAGUUAUCUCUGAAAAGACCCUCGCAAUCAGUUUUUACAUGUGAAAAAUCUCAAAAUCUCCCAACACCUCUGUCUGAUAGGGCUGACUUUGCACUGUGAAUAUGUAUGGAAGUAGGUGUAGGUACAAAUCUGAGUCAAAUUCCUGAAAUUUUCCACAACUUUUCUGCAGUGAAUGUCUGAAAUAGCUCUUAUUAUAGGUCUGAUUUCUUUUAGCUUUGGUCUGCCUUUGUUGUUUUUGUUUCAAGAAAAUUUCUGGGGACUUCUGGCAUGGACAACAGAGUAAUAUGUAUGAGCUAUUUCACUCUGAAGUGCAACAUGUUAACUCGAUUAUUGAGCUUAUCUGGAAUAACAGAAUAAGGCUUUAUUUUUAUGAUUUGUUUGGGAAACAUCUUGAGGAUUUCAUAAGAAUUCAGAAUAGAAAUGGAAACAUGUUUCUUAAACUAGUCCAAAUAGUCAAAAAUGUCCCACAUUGCCAGUGUUGAUCUUGGCAGCUGUUUUAGGUUUAGUCCCACCCUCCCACCAGUGCAGUGCUGCUGUGCUGCUGUCCCUGCUGCACGAAUGAUCCUUACUCCAAGUCAAAAAGAAAACACUGUGUCUGAUCUCUUCUGUAGGUGGUGGUGGUGGUGUGUGUGGGGUUGGAGGGUUCUGGCUCAGCCCUUAAUGUCAUCAAGUCCCAGAAAUGCCCCUGGACAGACUCUUUUCGCUGUGCUCUCCGCUGCAUCUUCAUCUUUGUCAUUCAGUCUUGAUCAUUGCUACAAAUCAUCUCACCAUGGUCUCGGAUGUGGCUCCAAACUGGGAUAAAUGGAGGCUUUGGCGCAGAGCUGGGGAGCCAAACUUUUUAGUUACUAACUUUUAUUGGCAGUAUUUAUUAUCAGUAUUUUUAUCAGUAAAAAAAACAAAAACAAUUUGACUAGAUGCUCGAUACAAACAAGCAUCCAGGUGCCAAUGUCUGCCCCAGUUAUCAGCAAAGGCAGAUGACUGGUUUGCCUCAACCUGUUACAGCAGUUUCACAGAUAAGUAAUCAAGUCUACUAACUCAGACUGUUAGAGGAAUUCUUUGGUCAUAUUUUGACAGAUUAGACUCACAGCAGAGGAACCAUUGUGGAUUUAAAAUGUCUGACAGUUCACCUAAAACAUGCUUAUCUCUAGGGAUGGGAAUCGAGAACCGUUUUUUGUUGAGAACUGGUUCCAAAUGGUUCAAUCCAUCGACAUUGUUUACAUUUCAUCUUAACGAUUCCCUUAAUGAUUCCUUUCUUCCGGUUAUCAGCUGCUGCUGCUGCUCCAUCUCAGCAACAGCAUGGAAGGUACAUAUGCCCUGUGUUAACAUAAGCACAAUGCAUGUCAGACUUGAAAUAACUGAGUUAGAAGCGCGUGAAAAACACCCAAAAAACCCUCAAAAUUUUGCGCGCGACACUGCAUAGUAAUGUCCUCUUUUUGGGGAUCCACCCUAAUUUAACUUAAUGAAGUAAAACGCUGUACCAAUAGUUUGUUAUUUGAUUAUUUUUAGACUACUGUUAUCAGAGACUCAAUACAAUUUGAGUUAACAGUGAAAAACCUAUAGUCUACUUUUUUUAAAUCAAAAUUGAAUCGAUGAGCAGAAUCAAUAAUGGCAUCGAUAUCGACAAAAUCUUACCAAUUCCCAUCCCCAUUUAUCUCGUUCAUGAAAUUCAAACAUCUUCAGAGUUGGUCUCAUCAUGUUAUCUACUUGUCUUUGUCAUGGGAAAAAAGUCAAUGUUUGAUUGGACCAUAAAUGUAUUAUUUCCAAAUGAAGAUAUUCAGUGAUCUAUCUACUAUAACACGUCUCUACAGCCAACAUGGACAUCAUGUACUACAUGAAACAUACACCUCCUUUUUGGCUAAUGGUCAUCACUGCAGAUAUUUUCAUACCCUCUGAACCAAUAGUAACCCUUUCAAGCUAAUAUCUGUUGAUACAGGUAUAAAAAAGUCAUGAUCAUCUUUAUUUUCAUUUAUGUGAUUAUAACACUGCAUUUUACAUUAAUCUGGUCAACCCCAUAGUCCUGCAUAGAAGUUUGUCAUCUGGUCUAAACAUCAGUUUUCAAAUGAAGGCACCACGAAGCCUGAUAUAGAUUGUCUGCAUCCACAGAAAGUGUCAGCUCUGCCACAAACUUUAUACUUUAUGUUGUGUUCUUAUCUGCACUUUGAAUAGUGUGUCAUACUGUGUGUACGGUGUAAAAGGUUUCAGCCUGGUUUGUCAGCCUGUUUUUUUUCUACUUUGGUACAGCGGUGUUGCUUUGCUCUGCAAGCUCAGCUAUGAAUUUAUUGGGUCAGUGUUGUUGUCAUUAAAAAGUUUUUCUCUGUAACUUUUAGAAGAAGAUUUAUUCCUGCAGCAUAAGUAUAAAAACAUGGAGCAGCAGCUUGAGCUGGCGGAGUACGUUUUGUAACGUGGGAACAUUUAGAGAGCUGUGAGCUCAGUCUAAAUGAUGUAUGUCCUUUGUUUCCCUGUGAGGAAAUACUGCGGGGAUGAACAGACCUGGACCUGAACCAGUCUCAUUUGCUGGAGCAGCAGUACUCCCAACAAUCCCCCCUCUGUGUUUUUAGGGGAAAAGUCAUGUAAUCAAAUUCUUAUUCCUGAAGCUCAAACCAGAUGUUGGAAGCUCAAAUAUUUUUUUUCUCCCUCCUCUCUUUCUCCCUCCCCCUCUCCUCCUUGGCGAGCCUCUCUGUUUUAUAUCGCUCUUGUUCUCUCUUUCCCCUCUUGUCGUCCUGUCAUCCCCCUCCCUCCAUCUGGUUGUUGGUGGUGUACGGUGUCAGGAAACCAGAGAAAUUGACCUGGAGCCCAGAGCCACGGCCCAUCUAAGAGCACCAGGGCUAUUUUCUCAGCUGCAUGCAGGCAGAGGGGGGGAAGGUGUUGAAACGGGAAGAAGGGGGAUGAAGAGGGAGAGAGGGGAAAUGGAGAGAUGGUAGUUUUGGUAUGAAAAAGGGGCCCUGUUUCUCACUAAAUUGUUUCAAGAUUAUUCCAGUGGACGUCCAACUCAUUUUGUGGGAGUUUGCCUUAAGCCCUUUUCUGGUCUUGAGUUACUCUGAAUGAGGUAAACGUACAUUUAAGACAGUUAAAUAGCCUGAAGGGUACAUGAACUCAAAAAAUCAGCCUGGGCAUAGUUGAUACUAGAUGAAUCUGGUAGUAUCACCAAAUAUAGUUAAGAGACUUUCCUGUAAUUAUUGUGGUUUUGUGUGCGUAGAUGCAUGGUCAGAUUAGUUGUUGACAUGCUAGAUGUGGCGCCGCCUUCAUUAGUUUUAAUAUAGAAGUUCAGAGUUUGCUGUUUAAGGCACACUUUGAAUAACUUGAAACAGUUUUCCCAGCAAGAGAAAAACAAAAGUUUCAAAUGACUUCAGAUGGUGGAAGUUUCUACAUCUGGUCUAGUUUUGAGCCAUUUCAGCAAUUUGAGUUGAAGUCACUGUGGUCCAUUAGGCCUGUGCACUGGUCUCACUGUUUGGUUUGAUCUUAGUGGUCUUUUCUUGAUAUCAGGAUGCAUCACAAUGGGGGCGCCACCUGCCUAGCGAUAGAAGCGCACCCCAUAUAUGCAGAUCCAAUGUCCUGCCUGUCCCCGUUUUCUUAUCUAUUAAAGGGAGGCAAUGUUCAUCUCUUGACGGGGUGUUUAACUUGGUUUUACGGUGUGUUUGAUCCUAACUUAAUUUUACAGAGGAAUAUCCCUUUAAUUGUCCUGUCAUGUGAGGACAGUCCAAUUGAGCGUUAACCCUUCUUUUACCAGUACUGGGGUCACCUUUUUACAGGCGUUCCUGUACAGAAGUUAAAGUUGGGUUAUGUUUCCUCUCAUCCCUGGCAAACUUACAGUCACUCAGUUCACUGAAUGUGUUCCCCGCCUGCUUCACUCCACCAGAUAAUGCCAUGAAAAGAAAAACCUUGAACAUCAGAUGAUCCCAUUUUUUAUAUAAACUUUAAAGGAAAAAACAUCUUGUGUCAAAACCUUUCUGUUUAUCAUGUACCGAUUUUUUUUCUUGCUCAACAUUUAGACUGAUGAUACCUGUGAGACAAAUGCAUGUGAAAUGUAGACCUGUGAUUGAUUGGUAUCCUGAGUAUCGUAAAGGUCAUGUGCAAACAGAACUCAGCUCUGUUUUUUGACUUGUACUUUCUGCCUCUGAAAAGGGCUUUCCAUAUGCGCCAGCUGUUUGCUAAACAGUAGAGCCGUCAACGUCACUUGUUGCAUCCAACCACUUGUUUGUGUUACUGAUUCUAAUUUGUUGGUUGCAGCUGGCUUUCACCUGUACAUUAUAAAACUUCUCUUCUUUGCUUCUUACUACACGCAUUUGUUUCUGGGUUGCCCCAGCUGGAGUGUGUCUGUGCACACCAGGAUAGAGAUGAGCAGACAUUGCUGUUUGAUAGAUAUUUCGGCAGAAAUCGUUUAUAUCCGAUGUCUUCUGCGGAUCUAGACGAUUUCUGCCGACUAUGCAAAGUCAACUGCGGAAUUAACGGCGUUCUGAAUGAACGGCGCUUUAAAAAGUCCCGCAGCAUGUGUUAGACGUCACCAUAUACACAUGGACCAAUCAGGGGCUGCCUUUCCCUGUUGUCCGGGUAACAGUGGAAACACGGUCUCUGAUUGGCCCCGUUAUUUUCUGAUCGGGAAUACACGCAAUGGGCCAAAGUCCAGACUGUUGUGGGAAGGAACGGCAAGUGAUUCACGCAACAGGAUGGCCCAACCAGGCUAGAGCAGUAGUAGCUUAAUUUCAUGCUGUGCUAUAGCUGUUGUAGCAGUUCGGUUAUUGAAAUUUCCCUCAGGGAUUAACAAAGUUGUUCUGUUUUUAUACAGUAUGGCUUUGCUUUAUGACACAGCAUACUGGUAUAUUGAAAAGUGUGUGUAAUAAGUGCCGUUAAAAAGUACUUAUUGAAAUCUUCUGACUUGUUAGUGGCAGUUUUACAAAAAAAAGUUAAAAAAAUCCAAAAAAGGAAAAGUCUAAACUUGUGUGUUAAUUGAUGGACUUUUAAAUGUUAACUGGAAGUCUACCUCUGCACAAAUGUGAAUAUGUGGAAAUGUGCAGGGCGGUGCAGCUACAUUGUUUAAUAUUGUGAGAAAAAUACAAAGAGCAAUAAAUGAACAAAAAGAGUUUGUGUUAGCCACUUCUGAGCCACCUUCACUGUUUGUAACUUAUCCUUCCUGAAUCUAGAAUAAAUCCACAUUUGAUUAUUUUUCAGCAGUGAAUGGUCCCCAUGAAAGGGUAGCCUCUUAUGAUUGUACUGACAUCAAGUGAAAGUGUCGUAGCUAUUUUUAUGAGGAGAAGUGAAAGAGCAGUGAUUGUAGACAUCAGAUCAUUUCCUUAUUUAUUGCAGCAGAUGCGAACGUCUCUUGUGUUUAUAAGUCAAGGUGCAGUUAAGGUGAAAUUACAUAUUUUUCUUACAUUGCUGUUCUGGAGGAUGGACUUCAUCCUCUCCUGAAGCAGCUUUCCUGUCCCCAAUUGUCCCGCUGUCCCAAAAGAACCUCCCAGAGCCCCUCCCCCAUUGUUCUGCAGCGCAAACCAUCCAACCAGGAGGAGAGGGCUCAGUGACAGGAGGGGAGCACAGUGGCAGCAGUCAUUACUAAAGCCUGUCACGUGAUAGGAAUUCAAGUCGUCCACUGCAUAAUUGAUCGACUAUGUGCACUUGUUAGUGUUGUUGAUGUUGUUUUGGGGGCUUGUUUAUUACUGUCUUUAUUCCUUUCACACCAUGAGGCCGGCCAUGUGUGUGCAGGAGGCCUUUGAGUUCUCUCACUCUGCAGUCAAAGCUCAUUAGCAGCAAUUGAGACACAAAUACCUGCUAUUAUCACAGCAUCGGCAUCACCCUUCAUUAGACAGACUAAGAUCUGCUCGCCAAAACACUCUGCCUUGAAAUUACAGUGGUGUAGUGAAAGGAUUUGUAUUUUCAACACGUCAAGAGAGAGCAAUGUAAACAUUUAGAGAGGCAAUGCUUCGAACUCUCACCUUCAGGUCGCUUGUCUGGGUUGUUGAGCGACCAGUUUCUCCACCACAAACAUGCAAACAAACAAACACUCACAGUCCACGCAAAUGUAGAAGAAUGAAAACAUCACUCACACACACUUUCAUUGUUUGAGUGAGAGGCUUCAGCAGUAUUGUUCCAUACCUGAAUCUGUAUGCACCUAAAGCACACUGGGGUUGGUGUUAUGCAGACGAAGCAGGGAGGCUUUGGCAGCCUAGCUGUUUCCAUAGCAACAGCAGGAAAAUAAACUGCUGUGUUUGUUGGCUGUAAGCCUGCCGUUAAAGGCACUCCAGUCUGCUCAGAGGGGAUAUAUAUACAGCCUGUGUCUGUGUGUGUGUCUGUGUGUGUUUGCAGGUUGCUGUUAUUGUGAAAUCCUCCACAGUCCACACUUUGAUCAUUCAACUCUGGCUGAACGAUGAGCCACAGUCCCUUAGUUCAAAUCUGAACCCAGACAUUUUUUCUCACAAUAAUGAUUUUUUUAAAUUUAUAAUAUGCUUUAUAUUUGUGACCGUUCUCCUCAAACAAAAGAAUCAAACAAGUGUGUGACCAAGAGGCGUUUGAUUUGUAACAAACAUAAUAAUAGUGGAGAAAAUUAGCAAAUGGGAGUUUUCUUUGUCUAGAGGAAAAUAGUUUAGGGAGAUCAGAAAUCACCUCCUCCGACACAUCUUUUCCUUAUAUCUGUCUCAUGUUAUAUUCAGCUCUAACAACAAUUUUUCAACAUAUUCUUCACAACGCUUUCACUGUUUUCUUUGACUUGCUGAAUAUGUCUCUUAGGGCGCUGAUAGCUGUGGUCUUCUCCCACUUUGUGCUCCCCACAUUUCCCGCCUCUCUUCAGCUGCCCUGUCUAAUGAAAGCCAGAAAAGCUCAAAAGCAUAACUUAAAAAAAUAAAAAAAGACAUCUUUGAUCAAAACACGCCUGAUCCAGAGACGAUGCCAUAAGUCUCCCCUGGGCUAAAAUGAGAAGAACUAGACCAUUGCACUAACUGGACUACUGUUGAUAUAUAACAUACAUGGGCUUACAAAGAGAGAGCAUUAUGGCUGCGGUUAUACCACUCCAUUUGUUAUCCUAAUUCUGUGUUAGAGAGUCUGAAAACAUUAAAGGUCAUUAAGGUAUGCCCCAUGUGUGACUAAAAGGUUUUGUGUCUACAUGCGGGUGAGUUAGAGGACCAAGAGGGCAGGGUAUGAAGAGCUUCAUUCAAGUGAUAACUGUCCAGGAUACAAGCAGUGUGAAAAUGAGGGCAGUCACAAACCAGAGAAGAAAUCAGAUCAGGCUGUUACUGCAAAAACAUCUGAUGAGGGCAACUGCAUGUCAAGUUUCAUGCCUAGAGAGUUUCAGCCGUGGUGAAUAAAAUGUCCGUAAUGAAGGCAAGAUGAACGAGUGUCUUUUCAGUAAAAUGACAAUCAGAGCUCUGCAAUAAUGUUUAGGAGCACUGCCUUUAGUAGGAACACGUGAGCAGUUCAGAGCAGACAUCGCUUUGUGCAGCAAAACACACCACUGCGCAUGUCUCCGGACUCAAAUGAGUGCACAUGAAUUACAUAAGUUCCCUAAAUAAAAUAUUUUUGCAUUUCUUCUGGGGUGGUGAAGCGACUUGAAUUCUGAUUUAAGCUCCCGAAUGUCAGUGAGUUUUACGGUUUGAAUUAUGCGCAAACCCAACAGUAAAUACAGCCUACAGCCUUGAAUUAGCUCAAUGUUACAUGAGGUGGUUAUGGAUUCUCACUGGACCAUGGCAGGGAGACAUGUUUGGUCACAUGAUGAGAAAUCACCUGAGGACACGGAUUGGUUUCCAGGUGUGAGCUCUGCAAACAAAACCAAAUAUGUGCGUGCACUCUCCUUUUCCUGAGUUCUUAAGCAAUGCUAUAAGAACUCUUAAAAACCAAGUAGGACAGUGAUAAACUCCAAUAGGGUUUGAUAUAGUGGUUAGUAGUGUGAGUGGUAAAAGUAGACUUCCUGCAGAAGGAAUAUUUCAUUCCAGCAUAUUUUGUUCUGUCUCUGCAGUCAGUGUUUGGUCGUCUUUGCACGUCUGAGACUGUCUAAUCAUGUUGAAUACGGAGUGCUAUUCAGCCGAGAAGACCAAGGAUUACACUUGCAUCCUGCGGUUUCCCUCAGCUUCACUUUGUUUUGUUUUCUUUCUGCCAUCAUCAAGUAACCUGGAGCUGACAGUGGCAGUGCAGAGCUGUAGAGAAUCCUGCUGCUUUCAGCAUGCAGUCACUUAAGUGUAUCAGAGCUCUUUAUAGAAUCAGCCAGGGUUUCUCUCUCUUCCCUCUCUGCCCCGGCGUCCUCCCCUAAUGCCAUUUUAAAUACUGGGUCAGUUUAAAUUCAGAGGCUCAACUUUGCCAGACCAUGUUGCCAGCAUGACAGUUAAAAGUGAGACCCCUUACCUCAGUCUUUCGUUCCCUCCUUAUUUCUGUCCCCUUUGGUCUUGCCGAGGGUGAUAUUCAGUUGAAAGUUGUUUAUUAGAUCAAACCAACAACACAAGCUGCUUUAUUCUAAGUGCGGUCAUUUCUCACAGAUUGUUUGGACUAUUUACAAAACAGUUUCUGCAACUCGUAGCCACCUCUAAAAACAACAAAUGUGAGCACUAAGGAUGUUUCAAAGUGUUUUAUUUCCCAGGAAGUAGGGCUGCAUGGUCAAUUGAUUUUAAAUCAUAAUUGGAUUAUUUGACUAUGACAAUGUCGUAAAAAAUUAAAAUCGAUUUUCCUCUCUAUCAUGUCUUGCGCCUCCAGGCCAACAUAGGCUGUCCCUUCCUGUGGGAACACUCCCCAGUUCCCUCACACACAAGCGAAAACAAACAUGGCAUUUGCAAAAGAAGGCGAUAACUUUGUUGCUAGAUAGGGCAAGAACAAGUCAGUCGUGUGAAAUUGGUACAGCUUCUUAGUUUCAGAUGAUGAGCAAACCACUCCCCGCUGCAAAGUCUGCCUGAAGGCAGUAUCAACUCGUCCACACGGAAACAAACUUAGGAGAGAACGCAGAAGUUUUUGUUGUAUCGGCUUUUAAUCCAGAUGGAAAUGGUGUUUCGGGUGACUGUAACCGGUACUUUUUAAAAAUGGGUCAGAGAGUGCAAAAAAAUGUAAACGACUACCAUUUCAUCUCCGCAUGGAUACCCAUUUCCUCAGCAGCAUUACAGCGCCACUUACUGGCUUGGCAUUUGCACUACAUCGUUUUUAGUGGUUUCAUUUUAAGAGAUGAUAGAAAAACUUUUUAUCAAAGUGAAGUUUGGUGAAGUUGUCGGGAUUUUUUUUCUCUGGCCAAAAUGGUGCAGCCCUACCAGAAAGGGACCGAUUCCAGAUGAAUAAAACAAACAUAAGUUUUAAUAAGCUUUACUAGCUUUAACCUCCGCUACCAUUGAGAGUGUCAAAAGCAAUGCCAUGCCUUAACAUGUCCACUACCAACAACAUCAGAGAGACAUCUUCUGGGCUACCAUAGAGGAAGAGAAAAGCAAUGCCUCAGCUGCACCAUGUCCAAUGACAGCAGUGAGUCAUCUCCUGUUAAAUACCUCCAUACUCUGUGCUGGUGAUCUGCUGCUGGAGUCUCCUGUGGAACUGCUUUCCCAAUGCAACUAUAAAAGCUAGUGGGGUAGCUCACCAGGAGGAUGCUGGAGUGCUUCAUAAUAAUCUGUAUCUAAUAAUCCUGCUUCUCUUUCCGAUCCUAAUUAGGUUUUGGAUAUUGAACCAGUGUUGUUUCAGUUUAAGUAUCUUUUUGUCAUCAUACUAAACUAGGUACAUAUCUCAAACAGGACAGCAGUAGUGUUGAGAGAUCCCAUCUCAAGUUAAAAUAUGAGUUUCCCGUGUUUAUCUAAGGUUUGACCUUUUUUAACUGAACUGAAUCAGAGUGUCAGUCUUCUGCAAAAAUCAAAUGAUAGGUUUGCAGGAAAGGAUGAUUGUUUUGUUUUGGUUCUUCUUUUACCGUUGAAGUUUAAUUAGACAGCACCAGCUGGCCGUUGUUUAGUAAUUUUAUCCCGUAUAGCCGACUGUAGUCUGUAGAUCCUUUCAUACAGAUGAUACACAUUUUUGGAGAAAAUCUUGCUGAGUGCUGGUGGGGAGGAUUUUCUGUUUGCUUGGUUUUCACGGGGCACUGUUGUAUAUCGCUGUUUGCUGCACGUUCUGCCACUGAAGCUGUCUCUGUAAAGUACAAACAUACCAGUGAAGUGAUCUUUUUCCAUGAUGCUUUACUUUUCCACAGUCAUCGAAGUGCAUUUCCCACUUAUUUGAUUUGAUGUAUUUAUGACUAAAAUAUGCUCCUGUUUGAUUGUGGAUGUGAUCAAAUGUCUGAUUUUGUCAAAGUGUGGGGUUUUACUGUGUUUUUGUCACAUUGUCCAUCACCACCCUCUGCUGCAUUUAUUCUGAUGCUCUAAAUAUUCCUCUUACAAAUUGCCUAAAAACAUAAAAAUGCAAUAAAAAAGUUCCAUCGAUCCAUUUCUUCUGCUUAUUCAGCAACACAGAUGUUACAGUGUUAAAGUAUAAGCUUUAUAUAAUGUGAAUUAUCAGUGUUACAGAAGAAAACCAGUUGUAAAUGAGAACUGGUUCCAGUCAGUUUGAGCCAUGAACAUUGUUUACUUUUGUGAUAAUGGUUUUCUUAUCUAAAUCUUCUAUUUAGCUACAUGCCUUGUGAUACAAUGAUGUGACACAUCAUGGAGGUUGUCAGUACGAACCAAGGAAGAAAUCAUGAUGGAUGAAAGACAGGAGAGGUCCAAAGCACUGCAGUAUGCAACGUAAUACUGCUGAGCUUACAGAAUCGGCCUCAAGAAACAGAAGGGUACAACAACUUAGUGUAAAAUCUACUAGCUAUGUGAGACCGACAGCGUCACGGCUAUACACUUUGUGUGUUUCUGUGACAUCCAGAGACUUUUGUGUCUCACAGGAGAGAUCCCUUUAUUUUCAGAGACUGUCAAAAACUAAGGUAAUCUGUGAUGAAUGCUGUGUUCAUUUUAGAAAAAUAGUGUAAUGUCUGAUCAUAGCUGAGUGAAGGAAGGUUGUGGUCUUUAUUAGGGUCUGUUGACCAAUCAGAGGCUGUAUCUAAUAUCUGCUGACCUUUGAGGCUUCAAGAAGAAGCCAUGUUUCCCUGUCUCAGCAGAGCAGUGAAGGUAAUAAUAAUAAUAGUAAUAAUACAAAGUCAGCCAAUACAUUUCUGCCCAAGAAAAGACAGGAAUAAGUCUGGGAAUCAGUCAAUAAGGAACUGGAUUGAGAUCAAUGAUGACAUGGAUAUCGGUAAAAUAUGAUCAAUGCCCAUGCCUACUUGUGACUGGUGUUGAAGUAUAAGGAAAGCUCUUGAGGUGCAGGAAUGAGGGGGCUGACUCCAGAGUCGGAGGGAAGUCCUGCUGAAGAGAUCCAGAUCCAGCAUGCACACUAGGCAGUUCUGCAGAGAACAAACUGUGCUGGAGACGAGCGAGGGGGAGGAGGAGGAAGGAGAAUGUAAGAGAGGGAAGGAGUGUCGGGCUAUAAAUUCAUCCAGUCGUUUUUCUUGCUCACACACACACACACACACACACACACACACACACACACACACACACACACACACACACACACACACACACACACACACACACACACACACACUUAGAGCUCUGUCAGGAGGAAUAUAUGGUGUGCAGCUGAGAGCAGAGAGGCUGGACAAACCGCCCUUGUUUCUGUGUGUGUGAGUGUGGGUGUGUGGAUAUUUAUGCUUUUGUUUGCGCCUUUACUCUAUAUGCGUGUGCAUGUGUGGAUAAAAACAGCUCUGAUGAUGUCAGGAGUUUGUGAACAGUAACCUAUAGUUUCUGUGUUGUGGCUGUUUGGUGCUUAUUCACUGUUUUGACAUUCAUGUUAGCACUGAGGUGAAAACGACAACUUCAUACGCUUUAAUCACUACUAUAUUUAUAUCCCUGGAGAACUCUGCCCAAUGAAACACACUAAGAUUUCUAACUUUAUACCAUAUAUUUAUAAAUGAAUCCAGUCUAUUGGGUCAUUUCAGAUCGAGGGAUAAACACAAACUCAGUAUUUUCACAAAUCUGCAUUUUUUACAAGUGAAAAAGAACACGAGACUUUAGUACAUGAAGCUCUGCCGUACACAGGACAUGAAAUCAGACCCAGCAUAAGACUCAAACCACUGCUGCUGCAGAAGAUUACAGAGCUAACACUGAGUCACUGCCUUUUCUAGUGGUUUUCAGACUCAGGGGGUCAGGACCCAACACCCGGUCACAGCAGGAUAUAAAUAAGUCCCCAGAUCGUUCAGCAGGAACAGAUGAUGGCUUUUAACUGAAACAUCCCAAUUCCCCGAGUAAGCCUCAGUUUGCACUCAGGAUUACUCUCUAUGUGCAUUUUGGUUUAAGGAUAAAAACAUUUUCAGGAGGCCUGUGGCUGAAAACCCCAGACAGUUACGGUGAAGACAAAUCUUGAACAGUGAUCUCUUCUUCUGGUUUCAUGCUCCAAACUUUGAUCAUUAUUACAACAGUCAAUCUGCGGCUAUUAACAGCAGCAUAUCCUAACAGCUCUACAAAGACGCUCAAGGAAUGCAAAUGUUGUCUUAAGUGUUGGGAACAUUUCAGCUGUGUGUUUGGGUGUUUGCAUGUUUGCGUGAAAUGCUAAGAGAAAGCUAAAAUUGUUUGUUUAAUGUAUCCUGUGUCCUCCCUGCAGGCUGGUGUUCGGGACUCUGUAUCCUGCAUACUACUCCUACAAAGCUGUCAAGACUAAAAACGUCAAGGAAUACGUAAGUUCAUGAGAAUCACACUCACACUCACCAGCUCACACCUACACUGUAAUGAACACACCAACGUAUAAAGCCUCUAAAGGAGAGACUACAAGGUGUUGCGACGCCUUCUCUCUCUCUCUUUUCACGCAGUUAACUCAGAGCGUUUGUAUUAGAAAAGUCACAGUUCUUAAUACUGAAGUAACUUCUCUUACCGUAACAUUCAGAAUAUCAAGUUACUCUUGAUAUGUGGCAUAUCAUUUACAACGGUUACCGUAAAUGUUGGAAAACAGGUCCCACCAGUUUUAAGAUAUUAUCUGUUUGUUAAUUGAGGAACUGUAAGAAGGAAAGACCUAAAAGGAUUCCUUGAAUAAAACAGGAACUAAGAUUUUGUGUUUUGCUGUGUUUUUAUUAAGUGAUCCUGUUUGGUUCCUUGCAGUUUGGUAUGGCUUGAUACUGUAAACCUGGCUCUUUCUUGCAUUUCCACAGCAGACUUAACAGGAAGCAUGUUGGCUAUGUGGUGUCCUCAGAUAAACUGUACUUUUGGUGCACACUUUUACCAUGGUUGUACUUACAGAAUGCUUUUCAAAACAAAAGCCUCAUCAGCCUUUUAAUGUGGGGGGACUCCUUUUGUUUUCACACGCUGCUUUUAGAAAGUCGCAGAGCUCUUUAUUUAAGCAGAACUUUUGCUACAGGAAACGCUGUUAUUGUUCAUGUGUUGCCGGUAAGCCUUGUGUAUUAUCGAAUCGUAUCAAUUUUCAGGGAAUAGUUUAUCUUUUGCGGUCUCUAUUUCUAUUUUCAGCCACCAUCUCUGUGCCCGUCUUACAGCUCAGCUAGUAUCACAGUGUCAAUUAAGCACCUGUUAACAGUGUAUUACACCUGGAUGCAUCUUAAGAUAUGAAAAAAACAUACAUGAACCCAAAUCAAAGUUCAUUGAUUAAAUGAAAUGAAGUUAGCAGAGAUCAGAUUAUCACGAUACCUGGGCCACGAUACAAUAUUAUUGGGAUUUUAAACAAUUUGCAAUACAGUGAGUAUUGCAAUACAAUAUAUUGCGAUUUAUAGAAUUUUUUCAACUGUUUAGCUAAUUUAGCGUUUGCCUUUUCUUCGUAUGUCUUCUUUGCGCAGUAUUUUAUUUUCAUGUAGCACUUCUUGCUGACCUUAUGUGUCAGGUCCAUCUUAUUUGUGCCCUGUUUGCAUUCCUAAUGUGCUGCUAUAUUUGUUGCACUAACUUUAUGAUGUCACCUCUGCCAACCUCACUGGACAAACCGUUGAUUUUAUUUUUUUCAUUAUCAUAGAUUUGACUUCAUAUUAACAAUUAAUUUGUAAAAAUGAGACAAUACAAUAAAUCACCAGACAAAAUAUUGAGAUAGUAUGCAGUAGCGAUUUUUUUCUCUACCACCCCUUAUAUAAAUGAGUACAGUUGCUCCUUCACAGUUCUCUCAGUACCCUUGGUACGGCUCAGUUUUUUUGGUCCUUUCCCAACUUUUGACAUUGAAAACACACGAAAGUUGCUUACAGUGUACUUAGUCUGCAUUAAACUGAUUGAUUGUAGGUCUGAACAGUGGCUUCCAGAGGUACUAUUGAAUGUGACCGUUACAAACACCCUGGGGAAAAAUCAAACAAAUGGAGCAGCUCCAGACCUGCUCACUGAGGGGAUUUCGCUGAAAGUGUCAUGGAUGGCACUUACUGGCAGCAACAGAAAUUCUCUCUUAAAGCUAAAACGUACAGGAUGUGUAUUUGGAGUGUGGCAGCAGCGUCCAGACAGGAAGUCAAGCACGAAACCGUACGUCAUCCGGUAUUUCAAAAUAAAACACCAUAUGCGAACUCCCAACUGUGUAUCAGUUCGUGUAGAUGGGAAAUACUUCCUGGUUAUGGAUUUAUCAGUACCACAGAACAAUCCGAUGGUCGAUCUCUGAUCCAUGUUGACUCCAACUGCUAACUCUGUCUGAAGGUAACAGCACAGCAUAAAGGAACAUAGUUUACUUUAUCAAACAUGAGUAAACCUGCAAAAACCUAAACAGUAAAAUCACGUUGCUUUUUCACAUAUAGUAGAGGCUCAACGGUCACUGAAUUAUAUCCAAAUUAGCAGGAAAUAGACCACAGAACGGCAAAACAACCUGUUGUGAGCAUGUUGUUUCCUCUAUACUGAGCUCAGCUGACCAGGGCUGCACUACGCUGCUGCUACACUCCAAAUAUGCAUCCUGUAUGCAAUACCCAAUGCUAAUCUGCAGAGCAAAUACGGAACGUGCUCAAUACGAAUCCUGUAUGUUUUACGCAAAUAAACAGUUCAUCUUUCUGUGUGUUGCAGCUGCAUCCUGCACACCACAAAUAAACUCAGGUGAAAGGUUAUCAUGUGAUGUCAACUAUGGGCUGGCUGCUCAUUUAAGCUAUAGCAUAAUUCAUUUCAGGGGUAAAAGGGUAAAAGAGUUUCUCAAACACUCACAGCUCCCCCCUCUGCACAUAGGCAGCUUGUGACCUGUGCUGAGGCUCUGCUCUUCCCUCUAACGUGCAUGCUGAUAAAGUCCUAUACAUGCAUAUAGAUGUGAGGGCCUGCAUGAGUUUUCUUGCAGGAGCUGGCUGAUGUAACUAAUGUGAGUGAGAGUGAAAUCCCAGCGUAGCACAUGAGUUAGUAACACAUUCGCACACUCGCACACACAUACAGAGUGUUAACAGUGCCGCUCACAGGCUCAGGUUCAGUCAUCUCCGAGCUUCCUUCACUUUGUCUUUCUCUUUGUCUUCGUUUGUUGCUGAUCCCAGCCUGAACUGAUCCUCAGGUCCCUUUUGUUGUGUGUGUGUUUACUAUUUGGCCAGGUUAAGGUAAAUCAUUUUCUUUUAACAAUGCUGAAUUCAAGGAAGACAUAGAUGGAAAAACAGUCUUCAUGCCAUCAGUCUAAUCCUAUUAUUUGAACACAAUAGCUCAGGAAUACCCAGAGGGAGUGUCUUCAGCUUCAACACUAACAUGCACUUGUACGCAAGGAUGAACUGAUGAGAUUAUCGAGGUCAACGGUCACUAUUACCCACGUGUAUUAUUAUGUUGGUUUAAUGAACAAUCUCCCCUCGCUCCACCUCUCACUCACCUGUUUACUCUGCUGCCAUGAAAACGGGUCUACUGACACUCACAUGGUCUGCAGAGAAAUAUAGGAGAGGGAGAGAUCUUCUCUGGUAUUACGUCUCCCAUGUGAGUGAUUGUGCUUUAACCUUUCUUGUUUAGUUUUUUCAGAAACUCGAUUUCUCUAAACUCCAUAAUUCUUUGUUAAAAAUCAACCAGCAUUCAAAACCGUCUCCUCUCUUCUCCAAAUGGAUCUUUCCACCUACGAUUGAGACAUAUCACUUUGGUUUCACUUACACUUCUGUUUACUUUAUCAGCAUUUAUGGAUGAUAAUCACAAGUUAAUGUGCGAAACAUUCAUGCAUCUAUGUACAUUAUCCAUUACUGAAGUGAAGGAUCAACAAUCUGAGAAAUAUGACAUAUUAUUAAUUCAGUAAUUACCUCACUAUAAAUGUCUGGUAUUGAUUAAUAAUUCUGUUCAAUUAUGUGCUCUUCAUAAUGAGCUAAUUACGGUGCUCCACCAAGUGAAGUCAGAACAUGAUUAUAUUUCUGUUAAUCGUUUCUGGAGACAGAAGCUGAUUACGAUCCCACGUACAGAAAAUAACCAGCAGAAAGUCGACCCAACAAUAUAUCACCUCCAGAAGACCACUCGGGGCAUGUCUCUGACCAAAGUGUCUGAAAUGGACUCCAUGAGGGUGGUAUGAGGACCCCACAUCCACAAAUGGGGCCUGUGCUCACUUAUUGGUGCCGUGCAGCCUGAUUGAUAUUUACAAGAGAACACCAGAAUGGGCAGAUCCACCUCUGGUACCCUGUUCUCUUCAUGGAUGAGGGCAGGAUCACACUGAGCAUAUGUGCUGCACAAUAUAUCGUUUAUCAUGCAUCGUCAUCGCGAUGUAUGUGUGCACGAUAGUCACAUUGCAGAGCCUGUGAUGUCGGAGGUGAAUGAACUCAUCUAAUUUCAAGGGUAGCUGACUGACAUACACUGCAUGUGACUCUGCAUGUGCUGUGCAGCGAUCCAACAACCACAUUCAUUCUUAACUGCUACCUUGCCAGCUGUCAAUCAAAAUCAGAGAGGAGGAAACCACGCCCCUGCACAUGGAGUGAGUCGCUGGCACUGCCGGCGUCAUGCCGAGAAACACGUGCCCGCUGAGAUUUACUUUCAGAACAUUACUCAUCACUGUUUAGCCCCACAAAUAACAAUUGAACGGGUUUUAAAUUGUACAUUUCUGUGGACUACUCUACUACAAGUGGUGCGCGUUUCUCAGCACAACACUGGUAACAACAACGAUUGCAAAACGAGCAACGAACAAGAGACACCACCGAAAAUUGAGACUUGUUGCUAAAAAGAAAAAGGAAAGUGAGUUAUCUGGAAUUAUUUCUGUUACAAGAAGGAUGAUGACGGGAUAUAUAUCGCAGGGUCGAAAAAAAUCGUGCAGCCUUGGUCUGUUGGCAAGAGUUAUAUUAUCUGCCUCAAGGCUUUUGAUGAUCAAGUUACUGAAGUUAUUCAAAGAAUUGUUUUGGCCCUACCCAGAAAGCUCAGUUACACUAAUCAACAGGUGCACUUCACAGCUGAUCACCUACGAACAAUGACAUGCUAAGAUCAGCUGAUUUGAUAGUUGAGAUCAGGAUAGGGACAUCCACAGUUUAAGAACAAGAAAAAUGUUCAUAUUUCACGACCAGAUUUAACAAAAGGCUGAAGACCAAAGUGAAGAGUUUCUCUCGAGGAAAGUCAGGGUGAUGUGGUUGAGUGAACCUCGUUGGGUGAAUGGGUCUAGCGUGUAUUGUGUGAUGGCGUGUCUCCACCGCCUCUGUCUUCAUGCUCUGUCUAGCAGGUUUAGCGUUACGGUCAGACUCAGUGGCUGUAAAGAGCUGAUGUCAGGUGUUUUUGUCUUCUCUUUUAAUGGAAGGCAGUUACUCACAGACGUGUCCAGUAAAUGUCUGCUAUUGCCUCAGGAAGGCAAAAUGGCUGCUGUAUAUUUUACUGAGGUCACGUCUUAAUGUCCUCGCCACUGAUGAGAUGAAGGAGGGAGGGACGGAGAGGAAAGAGCUGUCAGAGAUGGAGGGAGCGAGCGAGGGAGGAGAGGGAGAUAAAAGAGAGAGGUAGAGGUGUAUCCAGAUUAGAUGUCCUCUUCAUCUCACUGCCUCUCUCUCUUUACAUCUAUCAUUCCCACGACUGUGUGUGUGUGUGUGUGUGUGUGUGUGUGAGCAGAGGGAGUUCACUGUGAGGUCACCAAUUAACCAGACCAGCAGAAAUGUUGUGUGUGUGUGUGUGUGUUUAGAGUCUGCAAACUUUAGCCAUCCUGCCGGUGUGUGUGUGUUUGUAUUCGUAGUUUGUGCAUGUGAGGCAGGUGGAUAUGUGUUUGUGUCCCUCGCCCUUGUUCUCUCUCGUCCAAACACAGACUUUACUCCCUCACUCCUCCACACACACAUACACACACACACACAGACUCACAGAAACACACUGACAUUUCAUUAGCUAGUGUCAGUGUGUGUUCAGUCAUGCGGCAGCGGCCGGGUCUCACUAAUACCUCAGCCUGCCAUGUGACUGUCUGCCCGCCUGCCACUGUCUGCCGCUGGCUUUGAUAUGGAAAUCCAGCCAGAGGAGCCUGGAAAGCCCUGAAGAGGGGACGGAGGGAGUGAGGGAGCAGCAAGGGCAGCAGACAGUGAAAGAAAGCAAAGAGAGAAAUAAUCAGAAAGCUUCUUUUUGCCCUUCAAUAACACUGACCUUAGAGGGAGAGAGGUGCAGGAAAGAGGAAGAGUGAGGGAUUAAAUGCAAACAUCAGAUCCCUCUCUGUCUCUGAGACCAGUUUGAUUUCAUUUGUUUUAUCCUCUGCAGAAGUUCCAGUCCUUGAUUCUGGUCUGUGUUUACUCUCCACCUCAUGCAUGUGUAAAUGAAGCAACCUGACAGACCAGAUGGCAAACAGCCAGACUAUCUGCUCUUUGUUUUCAGGGACUUAGACAGUACACUACUACGAUUGAAACCUACUUUAACCCCCACAUGUUGGAGCUGAGUGUUCAGUGUGAUUGGUGUACAGGAGUUUCCUGUAACUAUAGGUUUUUAGGCAGAUAUUCAAAUGGUCAACCGUGACCUCAAAAUUAAACUAACACAAAAAUGUGCUGCUAAUAAAUUGGAAAUGAAAGAGAGACCAAGUGGAUGGCUGGGUAAAAACACAGUACUAUGGUUGUUGACUGUAAGUAAGUCUCUAUAUUUUAGGGGAUUUUGGCAUCAUUGACAAGUGCUGAUGUUUUGCUGCCUCAUCUUUAAAGGUUUUUCUACAGGUAGACUUAUCAAAAAUGAAUUUACCUUUCAGGCAAUUCUAGUGCCAACUGGUAUGGGUGACGCCAUUGAAGUGCAUAUCUCUAGUGUUGAUAACUGAAUUUUCUAUUGUAUUUGGGCACAGUUUUUCUUUGUGUUUGUUUUUGACCCUCCAUCACUCAAGUUCAAUCCAUCUAGUUAUUCUUCUUUUGGGAAUCUGUUCAACAUUUUCUUUGCUGAAUGCUUUUGGACUGAUCUGCCAUCUAUUUUGGGGGAUCGGUGAUCGGCUGAUCCUUACAUAUGAAACCGAUUUUAUCCAUCGAUCUUAUCUACCUCAGCAAAGGUCUGAAAGUCAGCCAUUGAAGCUUUUUAGUUUAAGUUGUGUUGUUAGUUUGUCCUGUAGAUUAUUAUUUUACUAACUUCCUCAAAUCUUGUGAUUUCCUUUAUUUGUAAAAGUAAAAUACUACUGUGCACUUUAUUUUGGGAGGAGUCUAAAAACAGGCCUGCAGUGUGACCUGCUGCACAAAAUGUGGAGAAUAAUAGACUAAAGGAACUGAUAUAAUUUAGUAGUCUGGACAGCAAUAUUCUAAACAAUUUAUUUAUAUUUGAGAGAACUACCUCAUGUGCAGUUAAAACAAACACAAAAUGUUUGUAUUGUUUCACAAGUAUUGUUUAGUGUUUUUCAUUCAAAUAAGAUUGGAGCAUCGAAGGUGUAUGUUGUCAGUUAUUUAAAAAAAAAAUCAGUAUCGGCCAAAAUCGGUAUCUGCAGGUCAAAUCUUUUAAAGAUCGGUGAUCGGCCAGAAAAUUGUGAUCGGUGCUCCCCUAAUCUCAGCUCUUCGGCCCUUACAUGAAUCAUUUGUAUCUUUUAAAGGCCUCUUUCCUUCACCAGCUACUGUAGAUAUAUGGACUGUAAGCUAAUACAGGCCUGUCUGUCUUUUUGUUCUAGCUGUAUUUUAAUCACUGUCUCUACUCUUUGUGUGUUUUUGUGCAGGUGCGAUGGAUGAUGUACUGGAUUGUGUUUGCACUAUACACUGUGCUGGAGACCAUCACUGACCUAACACUGGCAUGGUGAGUUUUUAUUAAUCAACUCUAAAGCAAAUGAAAGUGCGCAGUGUUAUCUCUCUUCAAGGAUUGUCUCAAACUCAAAGACUGGAUAAAACAAUUUCAGACAGAAAAAGAUCUCUGAUGACUAAGAGGCCCAUUCUUGGAUGGAGUAUCAAACCACAAAAGGGAGACUGAUGUCUGCCUGUGUGUGCUAUUUCAGGUUUCCUCUGUACUACGAGCUAAAGAUAGCCAUCGUGAUCUGGCUGCUGUCCCCUUACACCAGAGGAGCGAGUCUCAUUUACAGGAAGUGUCUGCACCCUCUGCUGUCCUCCAGAGAGAGGGUAAGAUCAUCUACCUCCCAGCCUUUGUUGUUAGAGGAGACCAAUUAUACCCGUUUUAACCUUUUAUUAUGUCAGUCUGGGACGCUUGAAAAGUGGCUUGGCAGGAUUCGCAGCCCAGAGAAACCUGCAUAUAUCUCAUACUGGUGUCCUCAUUUUUGCUCUAUUCAGCCUCCACCUGAAAAUUUUAAUUUUUGCUGUUUUCUCUGAUAAAAAGUUCGACACAGGUUGUUGGUGUUACUAGUUACACAGCUUUUCAGCCACUAAAUGACCUAAAAGUCAUGACUUUACAAAAAACAUCUGAGGCUAGCUGUUUGAGCCCAGGCUUGUUCCUUAUUAUACAUAAGCUAUUAUUAAAUUAGCUGCUGUCAUAAUGUUACUCACAGCUUUUGGUCCUGAGCCCUCAUGGAUAGUCUUUAUACCAUACUGAACCGAAUAUGAGACAGCCCCAACUAAAAGGCGACACCCCAUUUUUGAUUGAAAUGAUGGCAUAGUCUGCUAACAGCAGUGAUGCUCUUGACAUUCAUACUUGAAUCACCAUAGAUGGAUGCAGACAGUGGCUGAAAUAUUCACAAAUCAUCUCUGUGGAAUAGAAAAGCCCCUGAGUGUCACAGAAACAAUAAGUUUUUUCAGAGAGCUCACAAAGUGAGUGGAUUCUAUAGGCCUGAUAUAAACACUGCGAUAUUAUGUCAUAACAGAUUUCUAGAGAGUUUAAAAAAGAUCUAACCUUCCCCAGUUGAAGACCAUCUGACCGUUGUCUAGAUGGAUUUUUCGGAAGAAAAACUCAUCAUAUCCUCAAAACAGUACUCGAGAUGUAAGAGACCUGGGUUUCAGUAUCAGAAACAGCUCAUGGUUUUAAAGGGAGUCUUCAUUGAAGUGUGGAGCACAAACCACUCAGAUAUAACUGUGGUCCUGAAAAAAGAUCCCCUUUGAUUUGACAAAUACACAAACCUGCCUCCUCCUGCUCCUCUCCGCUCCCACUACUUUCCCUGCUCUCCUCUCUCCUCCUGCUCCUCUCCCUGCUCUCCUCUCUCCUCCUCUUGCUCCUCUCCCUGCUCUCCUCUCUCUUCCUGCUCCUCUCCCUGCUCUCCUCUCUCUUCCCGCUCCUCUCCCUGCUCUCCUCUCUCCUUCUGCUCCUCUUCCUGCUCUCCUCUGCUUCUUCUGCUCCUCUUCCUGCUCUCCUCUGCUUCUUCUGCUCCUCUCCCUGCUCUCCUCUCUCCACCUGCUGCUGCCUGGUAGUUUGUACUUCUUUUCCACAUGGUCCAGCUGUAACCUCUUGUUGCUCCUGAACUUUGUUUUGGUUGGUCUGAGCUGCUUAUGAAGAAGUGAAGGUGAUAGUUGUUUGAAAGGAGGGGCCACGCCCACAAUCUGCUGUUGAAGAAGUGAGGAAGGGUGUGCUUUAAUUCAACAUGAAUGAAAUCGGGGGGCUAGCUAUGCCCAGUAUGCACAUCCAACACAGUACAAUUAUAUAUGUUUGAUAUUAAAAGACUGAUCAGGUGUUUUUAAGCGAUAACACAUCCAUCGAUAUUGAACAGUCUUGUGUUGAUUGUCUCUCUGCAGGAAAUCGAUGAGUACAUCGUGCAGGCCAGAGAGAGGAGCUAUGAGACCAUGGUCAACUUUGGCAAACAGGGACUGAGCAUCGCAGCCACCGCUGCCGUCACUGCAGCUGUCAAGGUACGUCUCUGUGUUAACCUGUGUGAAACAUGCUGCAUAUUAAAGGUUGUAUUCUGUUUGAUGUGUGUUUAAAGUCACAUUUCCAUCUGCUACCACCUGAGGAAGUUUUACCCUACACUUCUCCUGUGCAUUAUUGCAACACCAUCCCUCCCUGCUGUUUGCCAUGCUGAGGCAGAUAAAUGCUUUUAGUCAUGUUUCUAUUUUCUAUCAGAGCUGGUGAGAAAUGGGGACAGCUUUCCGUUAGAUACAACAGUGCCCUCUUCCUGUUGUAGACAGUAAAGCCGUCCAGCAGAUUGUUUUUCUCAAGUCUCUGUUUUCCUAAAUGCUCUCACACUGAGCCUGUACAGCAGUGGCAGAUACACAGAAAUGCUGUUUCUGUUGUCUUUAUACAUGCAGUAAAGUUGCACUAGAUGCUUUAGUUAGUCCUGAAUGAGAUCCAAACUUAAACCAAAUAAAGGCUGAUCAUAUUUUAAAACACUUCCUCUAUGUUCACAUAUCCUCUGUGAGUGUGCCCUGGAGCCAGAGCUGACUGCAGAGUCAGUAAAUCUGAAUGUGUGUGUAUGUGUGUGUGUGUGUGUGUGUGUGUGUAUGAGCUGGUUUCAUCAGCGUUGCGUGAAUACCUGAGUGAAUCAGAUAAUCCCCGCUGACCUCCUGCCUAAGGCUUCACUGCACCAGGGUAAUCCCGGGCAGUGGGAAUCCACUACCGAGCAGAAAGUCAGAAAGUUAUCAGUGCCACGUUCACAGCAGGAUCCCUCCAUCAUGCACAGCCCGGGUAUAGAUCCACACAGGGCUCGAGUCAUUUUUAAAGGAUGUUCAAAGAUCUAAAAGAAAUGUCCCUUUUGUCGAAACAAAAGCUUAAAAGUAAUGAAUGCUCUCUUAAAGUCGAUUUUAAAAUUGUAGAAAUUGACUUUGAAGAGAUCUUUAAAGAUGUCAUGUUGUUGGAAUCAUCAUGAACUGCUUUCCCUAAUUUCAAUCAGUCUGCUUGUUAAAAUCAAGUGAAAUUAGUCUCUAGAUUAUACCAACUAGGGGUGUCACAGAGCACAUAAAUCACGGUUUGGUUUGUACUUCGGGUUUUGGAGUCACAGUUCAGUUCUUUAUCACAACAUAAGUGAAUUCAUCCACCUGUCAACAGAACUGCAAAAGAUCAGACAAUGUACUUACAACAGCAGUUUUUGUUUGUUCACGAAGACCUGAACUAUGGAUGAAAUUUAACCCUUGGUUCCUACUUUGUCCAUUUUGAGGACAUUUGUCAUUUUUUUUAUUUUUAUUUUGAGCUGACAGGCACAUUUUUAAAGAUUGGGGCAUCAAAUUUGGUGAGCCUUCUUAUUUUUCUUCAUAUUAAAAGAAAAAAACAAAAAAACAAAACUGUGUCACCUGUAGAACUCUGUCGCCACACGCAUUUUCAGCUCCAUCCACCCUACUUUGUCUGCAAAUCAGACCAUAGACUUCCAUCAAAAACACGUUUUUUUGACCGUGAGUUUAUGACACUACAACAACAUAUUGCAACCUUUUUUUGCAGUCAGUCGAUCACCAGGGCUCUAAAUUUACUUUCCGACAGUGAUGAAACAGAUUGAGUCUUCAUGCAUGGACUGAGAGUGUUUGAAGCGUUACUUCAUCCACUAAACAUUAUCAGAAUUGAAUGAAACUUUACAUGCCACUAGAUUUGGAUAAAUCAGGACUCUUAUCAUCUGUCAGUGGUGAGAUAAAGCUCUUGUAGUAGACUCAGCUUGACAAUGUUUAAUUGCCUGGUCAAACUAGGUUUUAGCUCAUUUGGCGGCUGCCGGCUGUUCCGUUUCCCGCAAUACUAGAUCGUUUUCAGGAACUGUUCUCCCCAUCAGUCAAGCACACACAAACACAUGGAAAAAUAGGGCCAAGGUUCAAAAAUCAAAGUUCCCCCUCAAGUGAUCGUGACAAAAGGACAGGAAGCACACCAAAGACUGUUUAAAACAGCUGGCCUUAGUGAUGUCUCUCAUUGGAAAUACUGGAUUAAGCUUUGGUCAACCCGAAGUUAAACCCGGUCUCGCUUGCGUUUCGGCAGCAGCCUGAACCCUGGAGCUUCCCACAGGAAGUGUGUUUUGUCGAAACAGUUGUUGCAUUUCAAAUAAUGACCACCGUUGAAGGCAGACCCCCCCUUACUGUAGUCCCGAAUGAGCCACUUAAAAACCAAACCACAGCAGAGAAACCAGUAUGAAUAAAAGCUCAGCCUCAGAGCUGUCGGGAGCCAAGAGGAAGUAUUAGGAAAGUCUUGGUGCGAUGCCAGAGGACAGGAAAUUAAAUUUACUCUGAUUACUAGUGUCCUCUGGUACACUUUCAAAAUAAGUCUUUCUCUUCAAUAAGUUUGUGUUGGACUUCAAAUAUAGCCUCAGUUCUGAGCUCUUUUUUAAGAAACAAAGAACAUUCAGUCCCCUCUGGAAGAAACAGAAAAACAUGACUGAGUGGAGCCCGAAAUAUACUGAAACAAGAGGAGUGUGGAUCUGAAGGAUCGAUGCCAAGGGUGUGACUGUGCGAACUGAGGAGAACUGAGCUGUACCUCUGACUGCUUCAGGGCCUUGCUCUCUCUCCACCACACUCUCUGUUUCUCCUUUCAUUUAGCUCCUCUCCACCUCUUCCUCGCCUUCAGUUUUUAUCGGCUGUGUUUCAGGUCACUGCGCUUUUACAAAUCCUCUUCAAGCUUCUGGUAUCUUUAGCUGGAUUUUGAUUGACUUGGCUCGUACGAUAGAAAAAAGAAGCUGAACCGUACAUAAAAUCCAUCAGUCUGAACCUCUCUUGAAGACUGAAGCUCACAGCUCACAGAGGAGACUCCAGAGCUGUGGUUGGCUUAACCAAACACACUUCUGCAUUUGGAUUCCGAGGUUUUUACGUGAUUUUAUUGAGUGAGAAACUCCAGAGAGCCGCUUAUUGAAGCUACAGUAUGCAGCGUCUUACAUUAUGCAUGCAGCAUACAUGCAUAUUGAUGCACAUGUAGCCUGAGGCUGAUUUAAAUUGUAUCUGUAAAGCCUACACAGGUAUAAAGAAACAUCUCCUUCCUUACUGCUCUCUUUAAUUAAAUGACCACUCCUGAUAUCAAAGUACACCAGGCUGCCCCCGCUUUCUACUCCACUGGUGCAAACAUGAACACAAGUAAAACUUGUCUUAUAUGCCAGCCAGGGAAGCAUUGACCGGUGAAAACACCAUCGCUUUUACAGCUCUGUACUUAUGGUUCUUACAAUAUCACAGUUUGAUUGUUUUAUAUGUGCUCUCCAGUAGGGCUGUUUGAUAAAUCCAUUUUAAAUCGUAAUCGGAUUAUUUGAUAAUGACGAUGUUAAAAAAAUUAAAAUCGUCAAAUCGAUUUUCGUCCACACGGAAACAAAUUUAGGAGUAAAUGUUUUUCGUCGUAUUGGCGUUUCAUCCGUACAGAAACAGCAUUUUGACUGUAAACGAUACUUUUUGAAAAAGGGUCUGAGAAUGCAUACAAAUUCGUAAACAAGUAUCAUUUCAUCUCUGUUUGGAUGCCUUUCUGCAUCUUUCCUGAAACGAUUAUGUAACACACAGAGUAACUCUUUAAUGGCGCCUGCGUGUGUCCAGCCAAAACAACCGUUUAAGGCAUGAUCGGCACUCUUCUUCUGUCUUUUGUGCAUUUCUUCAGCGUCGUUAUAGCGCCACUUACUGGCUUGGCAUAUGCACUACCAUCUUUUCAGUGGUUUUCGUUCUGAGAGAUGAUAGAAAACCUUUUUAUUUUUAAAGUGAAGUUAGGUGAAGCUGUCACUGAAUAAAACAUCAAAAAUCGAGUUUUCAGAGGGAAAAAAAAAUUGAGAUUUUAUUUUGGGCCAACAUCGUGCAGCCCUACUCUCCUGGUCCUUUCCAGAAUCCUGGUCCACAAACUCUAGAGUAUGCACAGACUGCUUUGGCAAGUUUCAGUCCAAUUGAGCCAUAUACAUGACAGAGAAGUUUAGUGUGAUUUCAGCCAGACUACCUUAUUUGCGUCUCUUAAAAGUCCAGAAUGGGUUCAUAAACAUACUUGUAAGCUUAAGGGUUGUCCUGGAAAGUAAUAUGGUAAAUGAAGACACCUGCACAGCAAUCCUGUCAUAAGCCUAUGAAAAAUAAUUGUACCGUUCUCAACCUCACUGUUCGUCUCUGCUCAGCUGGUGACUUUGUGUAAACUCAGCACCUGUUUUUAAUCCAAUUAAGACUGGUCCCUGAAAAGACCAUGACGGUUCAUAAAAUGUUCAUAAACACAGUCUUUCUUCAUGUUGGUUUGUAAAUAAAUCAUUACACUGAUGAACGUGGGCGAUGUGCUCGCUGUCUUUGGUGUGUCCGCGCUGAUGUGGAGUCAUGCAGCCACAAUGUUUCCAGUCUGAAGCUGCUCUAAGCCUCUUUCUUCACCAUAGACACUUCCUGACAGAAAACACUUCCACAUUCAGUUUCUUCUUGAUGAACUGUUUGCUUCAUAAACUGUAGACCAGCAGUGACCACUUCUCUCUAUUAUUCAUGUAUUUCCUGUAUGUAGGUCAAUAUGAUGCUAUGUUGCUCUCUAGCUAACCCUCUUGUGACUUUGUUUCUGCUUCUCUCUCCCUCUCUCUUACUGACAUCCGUCUUUCUUCAGGGUUUCUGUGCUUCAGCAGGCUGCUCUGGGAGGUAAACACCAGUCAGUGAACGCAGCAUGGACAGAGCGUUCCCUUUCCUUUUCAUUUCAUACCAGUGUUAUCCUCCAGUCUCACCCUGUUCAUUUCCAGACACUGAUGAUCUUUAACUAGAAGAGCUGAAAAAACAUCUUUUUUUCCAUCUGUUACUAUUUUCCCUUUUUUCUGUUCUGUUUUUAGAGUCAAAUAAAUCAACAAAGACAUUUAAAACCUUUAAAACUUCAUUCACGUCCUUCUGUUUGAAAGAGGUUUUAACACUUUUUAUCUCUUUCUUUCUUGCUUUCUUUCUUUCUUUUUAACUCUUUGCCAUUUCAUUGUGUCUUCCUUUAUCCCAAAGCUCAUUUUGUGAACGGUUACCAUGAUGACAUGUCCAUCAAUGUGAUAUUUUGUUUUCUUGUUGAUGUUGAUUAUGUGUCUGAGACUUACAUAUAACUUCAACACAACUUCCGUCAAGCUAUUUGAAGGAAAUCAUAAUAUAAUAAACACACUAAUAUAGUUUCUAAACUUCUCGAGAGUGUAAGUGGUCCCAGAUUGGGGUAGAUAUUCGGUUUUGCCAGGUGACCCAUAAUUCCUUCUUAUUUGACAGAUGGCCAAUAAAAUGAAGUAAUAAAAAAAUAAUAAUAAUUUGAGUUCAGAGUUUAGUUUUUUUUUAUUUGAGUUUAGUUUUUGCCUCUUGUUCUACUUUCUUGUCUCACCUAAUGUCCGGCCCACAAGGCCAUCCAAUGGGCUGGACCUCACAUGAACAUUCAACACAAUUGUCCCAAAGUAAUUUCUUGUAAAUGAAUCAAGAUCAAUUUUAAGUGUCAAGCUUUUUAUUGUCAGUUUCUGCCGUACGUGAGUUCCUACACCGGGAUUGAAAAGACGUUUUCUUUCUGGCCCAUGAUGCAAAAAUACAGAGAAUAUAUUAAAAGUAAUAAAGAAUAAAUCAAUAAAAAGAGAAGGGUAUAAUACAGCAGGAGAGGGGUAAGUGUGUCCACUCUGCCCUCAUGCCUACUCUGUCUAUAAACAUACACACAUUUACCCUAUGCAUACACAUGUAAACCUAAACUGUGUUUAUGAAGGGGCCGCUGCAUCCACACGUGCCGCUAUCUUCAUCUAAAUGAUGCUGAAAGUUUUGGUUUAAAUUCAAAACUUGCUUAUAGGCAUUUAAACACAGUUUUACACUGAGUUUAUCUGCUACUAUUCUUUUUUGACCCAAACUUUUUCAAUUGUAAUGAAAAUUCAUAACAGUCCCAUGAACUACUGGUAUAGGUAUCGGCCCUGAAAAACCAAUAUCAGUCAAGCCCCUCAUCCCAUUUGUUCUCUUAUUGAAUGUGCUUCUCUUUAUAAUGGACUGAUGUCAGUAUAUAUUAAUUAUUGUCUUCAUCUGCUGCUAGAUUUCAGAAAAUGACUGAUGUUAAUGUUUGGGGCUAAACUACACCAUCAAAGAAUUUAACACUGUUUCAUAGAGCCAAUAACUGUUUAAGAUUGAAGAUGCUGCCAUUGGGGAUAGGAACAAGUGUUAUUGGUGUUGAAAAGCCAAUAAUCAGCCUGAUCAAUUUCAAUGGUUUCAUGCAGCUAUAAUGCACCCUGGUAUCUGACAGGUCUCAGUAUCCUCUUCUUUUGUCUGAGUGAUGACAGAGCAGCUGACAGAAAUAAAAACAAACUCUGACACAUCUGAUAAAAAGUCAGCUAACUAAUGAACAGUUGCCCUUGUCCUGCAGUCACUCUCUGGUAAAGAUGCACCUCUUGUCUAAGAGAGGAAACUUUAGUUUGGUUUCAUGAUACAGACUUUUGUUUUGCUGCUGAGUGUCAUCUCAAAAGCUCAGAUGUAUUCUCAUUUACAUGCUUCAGUGUUAAGGUGAGGUUAAUUUGUCUCAGCAGUUUAAAGACCACAGGAGGAGUGCUUCAAAUGUUUUAGACAGACAAUGAUCUGAGGUGUAACAUCCAAGUUGUUGGCUUUGGAAAGUGUCCCCCAGGCCAUAGUCUGCAAAGCUGCAGCUUAAGUAAACUAACACAACUAGUUCAAGUGGUUACAUAAUAAUCAGUAUUCCGUUAUGUAAUGAGGCCCUAGUGCUUAUUUUAAUGACAUCUGACACUGAUUUUCUUAUUUAAUAUUAAAACAAUAGCGGGACAGCAUAAGCUCCUCUAAUAACCUGGAUGUUAUGAGUGUGAGGUGAGCAGUCAGAGAGCUUAAAAGAAAAAAUCUGAUAUUAUGAGAGUAGAGGAGAUUAAAAGAAUCAAUAACACACUCCAACAGGCUGAAAUCCACACGGAUAUUGUUGCUCGACUCUCACGUUAAAUCUUUCAGAUAUUCACACCUCCAAUGGCUGUCAGCUGGACAUGAAAAUAUUUCCAAAGUCACUCCUCAAAGCUUUUAGUUUGCAUCUCAGUGCGUCAUGAAAGCUGGUGAAGGAUUUUGAUAGAAACGGCAGCAAAUACCAACUUUUAAAACUCAUUUUUUUCAGUGUUUAGAAGAUUCUUCCAACCAUCUGCUAUUUUCAUUCUCCUCUUUAAGAGCUCUGAGAAUGUGGAGGUGAAAAAAACCUCUGCAGUGUGUGUGUGUAUAGCCCACCCAAUAGGUAAAAUACAGCCGUGUCUACAAGGUGGUAUGAAUUGGUUUCUGUAGCCACAAACAGGAGGAGGGCUUUGCAGAACUAAUGGUUGACUGGUAGGAUUUUCACAGAGAGCAGGAUGGCUGAUAAUACAUUCUGAUAUAGAUAGGACUAUAGCAGUUUUACAGUACGAAUGAUAACACCCAUUUAUCCGCUAUAACUGUAGGAAAAAUAAAGAUAAUUGCAUUUAGGGGGGCAGAUCAGAACAUGUUACAGUCAAGCUUUCAGGUCAGUGUGCCCUCGCAUCUUUGAAACCACCUCCAGUUUACUUUUAUUGCUGCAUCCAGCAAGUACCAACAAGACUUUUCCAACGAUAACAGAGACACCAACAGAAAAACUGCCUCCAGUUAUGGAGCAGGAAACAUCGACACAUGUGGACACACAUUCACUCACUCACUCCAUCUGUCGGCAGGAUUUUGUUCUCAGCUUUCUUUUUAUGUUAUAUUAAUGGGCAUAAAUGUGUGUUUCACAGGGUCAGGGUGCCAUCACAGAGAAGCUGCGCAGCUUGAGUAUGCAUGACCUCACACAGAUAGGCCAGCAGGAUGACAGAGGAGAGCUCUACCAGUACAGCUCCCGCUCCUCCAACCCCGCCAUGAGGAGAUCUCAGAGCAGUGACGCCGCAGAUGACGCUGGUAACACACACACACACAUGUAUAUAUUUAUGUGGGUGAAUUGUAUACUGAAACUUUCGUGGUUGACUGUUCCUCAGUCUGAUUGUGUGCUUCUCAUAAAAGGGAAAAAAAUACAUGUGUGGGACACACAAGCAGAAAAUCAGAUGAGUCAGCUGGGGAGUCAGUGGAAAAGGCCUAAAAACACUUUACUUUAAGAUGCAUUAAUACUGCUGCUAAUGUGGCUCAAGUAUAAACUUUAAAAAAAAAGAUACAUUUUCAAUCAGUGGAAAUAGAACUGACUAGACCAGUGGUUCUCAACUGGUCUCACUCUGAAACCCACAUUUUCCCAUGGUCCUUAAGUCGCAACCCACUUUUAUAAAACGCAAACCAGCAAAUUUAUUUUUUAUAAAAAAAAAACCUUUAAAGACUCAAAUCUUUAACAUAAAUACACCCAUUUUCUUGAGUAAAGUGCAUUUCAGAGCACAACUACUGAACUUGCAUAUACAGAAAAUAUCAAAUAUUAAAUUCCACAAAAUAAUAACCAAAAACAAAAAACAUGUAUUUUUACUGCAUUCAGGCCACAUUAAUAUGGAACCGAGGAGGACCAGUACAUUACGCAUGCCUUUCAAAAUAAGCUAUUUUUCAAAAUAAAAGACAUGUCAAACAUCAGAUGCGCAUUAAAUAUUUACUUUUUGACCAGCUGUUUGCGACCCAUCCAGAACAUGUCCGCGACCCACUUUUGGGUCGGGACCCACCAUUUGAGAACCACUGGACCAGACUAUGUCACUGACAUUUAUCAAUUGAUUAUCACAGAUGACCUUUGUUUCAGAGGUAUUGGAUCUGAACGGUCUGUAGAAUUACACAGAUUUGCUCUGUGCGAUGGAAAAACUCCUGGAUGUCGCAGAAACUCAGAGUUCAUUGUGGAAAAAGUAUCAAUCUCAUGAAGCGGAUAAUAAUAUGAUUUUAAGGUUGCUUUAUUACACCAUAUAUUCCUAAAGCUGAUAUUUUAGGUGCUGAUCUUUAGUCUUCAGUUUCCUCACCACCAGUCACCGUGUACCUGGCUGUCAUUUAAAUCAGCCUUGUCUUUAGUGCUGCACAAAUAAACUGAUUUUAAAGAAAAAUCACUACAAUGUGUAAAGAGGAAAAUGAGCGAUUCAGGCUGAAACCAUAGCUUCAUGUCUGAAGACUGUAGGUCCCUGUUAAGAAAAGCAAAUGGAGACAUGAAUCAAAGAUCAGGAAUUAAAGCUAGGAAGAAGAGCAGUGAUGGUUAUUUUUCUGAGAAAUGAGAGAGGGUGAAAAAAAUUCCUGAGUCUCAAGGCAGACACUCUGUGUUUUUUCCUGGAUGUGACAAAACAGCUCCAACGAGCAUCAAGGAACGGUUCAUUGUUUCUGCUUUUUUCUUUGUUGUUGUCUUGUUUGCCUGAUGAGAACUGCAGGCUGUCUGACCUGUCAAUGAAAGCUGUGUGUGUGUGUGUGUGUGUGUGUGUGUGUGUGUGUGUGUGUGUGUGUGUGUGUGUGUGUGUGUGUGUGUGUGUGUGUGUGUGUGUGUGUGUGAGAGAGAGAGAGAGAGAGUGUGUGAAACAGAGCGAGAGUGUGUGAGAAGGAGAUGACUUUCCAGCAGACAAAGGGGAUGAGAUGAGGUUGGGUGGGAUGCUACCAGAAUGUCAAACACACACACACACACACACACACACACACACACACACACACACACAAAGUCAGUGAGGCAUGGAGAGUGAGAUAGUAGGGGGUGGAGUGGAAGAGAGGACAGAGAUGAAUUUAUGGGAGCAAAGAGGAGAUGUAAGGGAUGGACGGACGGACGGAUGGAUGGAUGGAUGGAGGUUGGCAGACCCUGUUAGCAUACUGAGAGAGGACAGACUGCAUUAUGAAUUCAGCUCAGACAGCCAGCAGAAAGAGAGAGAGAGACAGGUGAAGAGAUGAGGAGAGAUGUGUUCAUCCUCGAACAGCUCUCAGUCAUGUGACUCACGCCCUCUGUUGGUCGUGUUCUCCUGAACAUGCUACUUAAAUACAGAAACAUCUUGUUUGAUAUUUAUUCCGCUGUGUUCAGACCAAACUGUUUAAAAACAGACGCUCUUGGCCAGCAGGGGGCGAACUUUCUUAUUCCUCUGACUGGAACUCGACACCGAAGUUAUCUCUUUAAAUAAUAGAGAAACUGGUCAAUGAACUGACUCAUUAAUGACAGUUUUUUACUAAUUGGCGUCAUAUCAGCAUCGGCCCUCACAUUCAUCUAAGAUCUAUUUAAAACAUGCUGCUGGCUAAGAUAACCAUGAAUAUUUGAUUAUAAUGUGGAUGUCAUAAAGGGUUUUAUACACUACUUUAAAAUGUUUUAAUUACAAUAUCUACCUUGGAUUCUUAUUUCUUUUUUUAAUAAUUUAAGGUAACUGGAAGAGAUGUCCAAAUUUCCUCUGGGGCGAUGUUUUACUCAGUAAAAUAUUCCUCUGUGAUUAAUAAAACAUGAACUUGUGUUCAGUAAGCUUUUUUCUUAUUUGCUAGUAUAACUUAAUUGCUGUAUAGAGUCAAAUGUGAUAAAGACGAACAGAAGAAUGAAAAACACUGUGAUAUCAGCGUUAUAUAUCGACCCGCUCUCUUAUUAUUGGUUGUUGAAAAACUGUGAUAGGUAUGGAAAUGCAACAAAAAUUGAUUACUACAAUUUUGUCACAAGAUUAACAUGACUGAAAUAUCUGUUGGCAACAGCGGAGGAGGCUUCUAGAGUGCCAACCAUCUUUCUUUUUGCUCUUUGCUGGAUUGACACUCAUGAAAAAGAAACAAUAACACUCAAAGACUCUCCUCCCUCUCCAAGCUUUAUUUUAGGUUCUGACUCAGAGACAUUUCAGAGGAGAGUCUGACUCUCUCUCUUUGCUAACAAACACAGAGUCCCUCAUGGUGCUCAAAACUUUAAAUCCUUCUGUAAAAGGCCCCGAGGUUUUAGAUUCUCAAUAAAAGACCCCGCUGGCCCACCCCCUCCAAACAAAGUGAGGCCCUUCAGGUGGCGCCCGGUUAUAACCAGCUUAUACCUUCACAUGAAACUGUCUGAUGACCUAAAUCUUUCUCUCUGUUGAAACAUCGUGGUAAAAUCAGCAGGAUCUUAAAGUGCACGUCUUCACAACUCUUUGAAUGGAGUCUUUUAUGUGAGUUUCAGGCAGUCACAGACAGUCAGAAUUCAAGUUUAGCCCAACAGCAGGUUCAGACGGAGCUUUUUCUGCAGAGAAACAUUCCAGGAUUGUAAAAGCUGCCCCGGGUCUCAGCUCCUGGCUGAGCCCUCAGCUCUCUACAUGACAGGAAAUUGGAGAGUUAUACCGCAGAAUAGGCCGGUGAGAGCUGGAAUGACUGGAAUGACUUGAAUAAGUUCUCCACAGUCCAGACAGAGAAUUUGGCUCGGUCAAAGAAUGAAAUUCCUCUCUGGAACAUUUCUGCAACACGUUCUUUCCUUUACUCUUGACCAGCCUGGACUGGGAGCCAGCAGACUGGGACACUGAACCGCCCGGAGAUAAUGAGACCGUUUCAGUAUCGGGACUGAAUUUUCUUUUCACUGUUGACAUCAAAACUACAGCUCUCCUGCGGUGUUUCUGUCUCUAUUUAAAACAACCCUUGCAGAAUUCAGAUGGUAUUUCUGAUCCGGAGCAGGAAUGUGAAAUCUCAUGUGAAGCUGGCCUCUGUCUCAUCCCACCCUGCUUCCUCUGGGAGGGGAAAGGUUGAGUCCAGCUCUGGAGGGUGGGAGGUUUUCUCUUAUGGACUCCAGAUGUGACAACAAUAGCAGCGGCGGCAGGAGGAGCUAGAACCAGAACAAAUAGAAAACACAUCGCUGUUGUCUUUAAAAAACCCGAAUAAAGGCCUCCGACUCAGUCAGUGCCACACAUGUGCCGUGAAGAUUUAUUUUGAGACUUGUUCCCACUAGAUGCUGGUAGACAUCUUGUGUUGCUGUAGAGAAUUUUCUAAGCUGUGCUAUGAGGCAGGUAAGUGGAGUGUGAACUGUCUAACUGAUGUGUUUCUAUGUGGAAAGACAAGCAGGGGCAUAGCUGAGUGUAUGCUGACCUCUGCUGGAUAAGCUGCCUCUCACACUCACAAUUCAGAAGGCUCGGUUAACCACAGGUCUGAGGAAACACACUCUAUGUAAAGAUAAGGAUCAGAAUAUGUUUUACUUUACAUAGUGUGGAGAAAAAAACAGCAAUACAUCUGUCUUUCAACCAAAACCCCUGAAAUCAGUGUGUGGAGAAAAAUACAGUUUCAUGGACGAGACACUGUGAGAAAGUUUUCUAUGAGUCUGCAUGUGUUCGUACACCUGAAGGAAUUGAAUCUUUGGAAGUGCUCCUUUUCUCACUUUGAUGAAACUAUAGAUGCCACAAAAAUUGCCAUCAAUUAGUCAGUUGGAUUCAUACAGUCUGACCCUUUUUUAAUUAGCUGUGAGUUUAGAAACUGCAGUUCCUCCAGUGUCCACUAGAGGUUGGCUGCUAAGCUCUGUAAACCACAUACACACCCAUUCAGAAAGGGCCAUCUUCAAAACAAAAAUCAAUAUGUUUACAAAAAAUCAGUCUGAGUGUGAGCACCUCGGUCUUACAUUGCACAUGUGGAAUUUUUAUUUGUAAGUCGUCAUAUUUGAAGUUUUCCAGGUUACAAGUUUUGCAGCAUCAGAGCGUCAGGUGUCAGUGAGGAGACUGUGAUUUUACUGUUGUUUAUAGAAGCUACAUUCACCUCCGCUCUGGUCUGAAUGUGAAAACAUAUAUAUAUUUAUAUAUCACAAAUGUUUCCCUUUUAUUUGUAAAUAUGUCAAUGCUUAAGGGGCUGACUGAGAUGUGCUAGCAGAACUUGCCUUUACUUAUUGUGGUUACUGUUUGUCAGUCCUAUACAGAGCACAUAAAACAUGGAGACAACAGGAAAUAUAGUGAUUAGCACAUUAUCACAAACACAACAAAUACCAGCAUGAUUUUUCAGGUAAUUCUGGUAUAACACAGAGACUUCAUGAGAGUUUGUGAUUUUGUCCACAGAGUACUAUUAUGACCAGGAGGAGAGGACGGAUGAAGAGGCUGAGCCAACCUUCUCUGAGGACGAGGCCGUCACUCAGAAAGGACUGAGACGAUCACAGAGCGUCAAAAUCACACGAUCCAGGGUCCGCAAAGAUGUGAGUACAUUGGCUGAGUGUGCACAGGAUCAGGGACCGUGAUUGUUUUUAUCAUGGAUUUUUAAAGGAUAUUUCAACCACAUUCAACAUGAAGUCUGAGAUACAGCCUUACAGUGAGCAUGUGCACAGCCGAUUCAUUAAUUAUGCUUUUUCAACAAGCGGUCCAGUUUUCACUGUAAUACCCUGAUCUUUCUGCAGCAGACAGUUCUCUUCACAAAGGAAGCGUGUGUGCAUGUUCAAAGCAUGUUUUUCUCUGCAGGCUGCACAGAUCUCUGAUGGCUGUAUUGGCUCUGUAUCAGCUAUAAAUAUGUCAGCAUGACUAAUGUAGGACACUUGUUCUUUAAGAUAGUUUUUUUUUAACACAAGAACUCUGCCUGAGAGAUAUCCCUUUUGUUUUCACACCAACGCUACUGCGCAAUGUUGGUUUCAGAAAAUGGAGAAAAAUCGCAGAAUUACCGAGAGCUUUUCGGCUUCAAAUCUGUACACUGGCGGAAGGCAGAACCCAAUUGUCUGUAGUAUAUAUAGUCUAUGGUUAUAAUGUUUGUUUAGUGUUUCCAUUCAAAGUGAUAUUUUAAUGUUAAGUCUUGUUUCCAUAAUCUGCAUAUUUACCUCAUGUUGUUCAGGUCCAGUAUAAACACAUUAUUGACUGUUUAAUCUUCUUCAGGCUCGUUACGGAUCCCUGAAGAUUAAAGGCAAGAAGAGACCAGCCCUGAGCUCGGUGAACUACGGACUGUGAAGAGACUACUGCUGACACACUCUCAUGUUCACACACACACUCACACACUGUUACACACUCCCAGACAGCAGGGCAACCUGCUGAUUGGUGGUCAGGUUUUGGUCAGCCUAUAUUCCAGCUGUUCUUGGUCUGACUUUUAAAUCUCCUGAACUCUUUUACUCUUUCGAUGAUGAGCUUCCUCCUCGUCACAUAUUUAUUAUUACAGACAAGAGGAAAACCAGCGACUCUCAGAGACCUGCAGCUCUGAGAGAAAAAGGUCAUUUAAAAAAAAGAAAAACAGAUGACAUGUGAAUGAUGUUUUUCUUUGGGUUUGAGGCAUAAAUCAUGUUUUCUGGUUAAAACCAAGUUUUCUUUGUAGUUCUUUCAUUGUAGUUGAAGUGUAGUUUUCAGGGGUGAUGUUGUUAUUCUUAUGUAGCCGUUUAGUUGUUAAAUCUGUCUGGUUAUUCGCCUCUUUUUUUUCUGUAUUUCUCAGACACCUUUUUGUACCACUUUUCAAACUAAUUUAGUUUUAUAGAGAGUUCAUGAAUCAGAAACCAAAGGCGUAACUAAUAGUUAAAUAAUGGAGUAAUACUUACUAAGACUGUUAUGAUCCAUCAUGAAUAACCUAAAAGCACCUGAGCUCAGUUACAGAAAUCAUGGGCUGUGUCGACUGAGGCUGUUUCUUGCGCUGGCAGCACCUUUUUUCUGCUUUAUUUUUUCCUGCAUUCAACUUUUGGGAUCACCACAGCACCCGUCAAUGUCACCUCUUCACCACCGACCAAUCAGAAUUAGGAUUUUUCACGUCUUUUUCAACAACAGUGGAGGAGCGGAAGAAGCCACAGUUAGUUUUUAGAGGUACAGUUUCCAGGUCUCAAGCUGCUGCCGGUGACACAGCACAAUUUCUACCCAUGGGUUUGGAGUAUCUUUUUAAAAUACCAUUUAGUAAAAGUGAAUAUGGAGCAUACAGGGCAUUUUAAAACAGACCCAAUGGUCCCCAGUAAAGGGAAGUGGGAGGACUUUAGUAAUUUAGCAACAGUAACAGCCAGUAAGAAGUGCUCUAAUGGUCGUGGAUGCUGCUUGUGCAAAAAUACAAAGUGGAUCGAACCAUAAACUCUUGGCUUUGUGUCAGACCUGCUCUUAUCUUUCAGCUCGGAGUAGUUUGAAUGCCUCAGCUUUUCUAUCACCACGCACUACCUGUUAAGUACUAAAAAGCCGAUUAAGCUAAAAACUUGCUUACAUUUGGAUGAUGCAUCUUGAGUAUUAGGGUUAGGGAUUGUUUUUCUGCAUUCACUAGGUUUUUAUUCAGGCAUUCAAGCGACACUGACGGCCUUAUUAAAGCUGAGCUUUGAUUCAUUUUUAAAAACACAGACAUAAAAUCUUUUUUUACGACGUGGUACCAGUUUUGUUUCUGCUGCCUUCAGGUUAUUUUUUUAAAAUGAGAAACUUAAUCUCAGUAGAGCCUUCUCCACUUUGGUAGGAGUCCAUUUAAACCUCCGUACUGCUCACUAGAUGAGUGGAGGUUAUCUUAAUGCUGAGGGCACAUGUAGGUUAAAGACACUAUGCAACAUUCCCUGUCACAGGUGACAGAGUGAGAGCCCAGCAGGACAGCAGCCACCCACAGAGUGGACUCUGUGUCUGUGAUGAAGGUGGAGGAGGAGGAGGAAGAGAGGACUGUGGACACCAGAGGAGUGAGAGAGAAAGUAGAAAACCCAAAUAAUGUCAGAGAUCCCUCCAGCUCUGUGUUUGAGAGCUUUACAGAGACUCCCGCUCAUCAUCAAUGAUCUUUUCUUCUUCUCCUGCUUCAUACAUUUUUAUGAGAUCACAGCUCUGGUUGUAUAUUUCUUAUUGAAGAUUAGAUUUUAUGAUGUUGUGUUUGUUUUUGUGUGUGUAUGUGUGUGUUAUAUUUAGAUCAAAAUGAGUCUUUUAUAUAUUGUAACCACCAGUUUUUUGCACAUAUACCUCCUCCCAAACCUUUUUAUUGAUGCUGACGCUGCGUGUCAUCUCAUUUUUUUAUGUACUUUUGCUUUGGGAGGAUGCAGCACACAGCUAAUACCAGCACACUCAUGACAUUUAAAGUGCGGCUUGUUUUUCUCCUCAGUGCUUCACAUUCGUAGUUGCUGUAGCGGAAAGUUAAACAGAGAUGAAACCCUUAAGGCACCUUAAAAAAAUAAAAAAACGCCCUGAAAUGAUCUGAAGUUUCCCCACAUAUGCACUACAAUUGAAAGUCAGUGUCACAGAUGAAACUGCAGGUUGUGUAAUUAUGUUAGACCUUAAAGCUGAUGAGCUUUAACAAGCCAACCCUUCUCAUGUCAUGACGUCCUUCUAAUGCUCAUAACUGACUAAUGAUACCAAAGCUUGAUGUACUCACAUGGGGCUGUGUGGCUGUCGGGGUUUUUCAUGUAUGUUGGGAAAUGUCUGGACUGUGUGUGGUUUGUUGAUGUUACACAGUAAAUGCUGUAUGAUUGUUGCAAGAGCAAUAAACAUAGUAUGUCUGUGAA